CUGCACAAUCGAUCCAAAUGAAAAUAAGUAUUUUUUAUUAUUUUUUUACCCUCUUUUAUCUACGACUCAUAUAUAAAAAUGUCAUUAUCAUAACUCAAUCAUUCUAAAAAUGUCAAAGUCACAAUGUAAAAUCGACAUAGAAAAAGCGGAAUUCUCGGUUGAAGACGACCUAAAUUACGAAAGCAAUCCUUCAAUAAUAUCAUUAAAAAAGCACCUAAGUAAACUAAGAAACUAUAAAGAACCCCAAACAGAACAAACGGAAUCAUACGACAACCAAUGGUAUCCAUACUGCAACACCUAUUAUCCAUAUACAGAAGACGUGGAUGCAUUCGCAAGAGUAAACCAUUUACUAGCCCAAAAACCGUCGAUUUUGUCGCUAAAUUUAUCGGAACACGAUGAUUUAAGCUUGUUUGGGCAUUAUUCCGAGCACGAUGUUCAUAAACGCUACUUACUCUCGCAUCCGUUAAAUUUCGUUAUUCUUGGUAAGCCUGAUAUUGGCCAGAACGAGCUGGGAAAACUAUUGGCGCAGCACUGGAAUUGCGUUUAUAUCGAUCCAGAAAUUCUCAUAGGGCAAGAAAUAGAGAGCGGCUCCAGAGCUGGGCAAUGCAUCGAGUUCAAUUUAAGAUGUGGACGUGCUAUUGGUAUUGACGUCAUACUCAAAUUACUAGAAAAACGAUUAAAGACCCAAACUGUGCAACAUCGAGGCUUCGUGCUUUGUGGUCUCCCAGUUAUACCGAAUGAUUUAUAUAAGGAAGAUCCCAUAUCGUCUGAAACAGCUGUGUUCACAGUGCGAGACAUCUUCGAAGAACUGUUAGAUGCCACCGUUGAAAUUGGCGUGCCUCCAACAAAACCACACGUAUCCAUAUCAUCGAAGGUUAAAAUUGACGAUGUUGAGGGCGAGGAAGAUAUGGGAGAUGAAAGAAUGGGCGAAGGUGAGGAGGUAGCCUCCACCGUAGUACUAGACGAUUCCCCACGCACCAAACCUCCUAGUGAACCCCCAGACAUCGGCUCAGCCUCGUACAACAUAUGCGAAGAACCUGAAAUAAGCACUGACUAUGAAGAACAACUAAACUUUAUCUUUAACUUAAUACAAGAACCAUAUUUAAUAAUCUACAUAAUGUGCCCAACUGCAGACGUUAUUACAAAACGAAAAGAAUCGAAAUUCCACAUAUACACCGAAGAAUUUUACGACAUUCUACGCGAUAAAGUCAGCAGGAUGAUCUUUAAAAUGUACGCGGCUGAUAUACCUCCAGAAGUUUUAAAAAACAGCCAAUAUCAAAUCGGAAAGGAUAUAAUUCAUCUUACUGUACCACCCUACAACUUACCGGCACAUGUACAAAGUCAAUUGGACAACUACCACUUUGCUGCAGUGUCUGCUAUUGAACGUAGAGUCUUAUUACACAACCCCGAACAUUAUUUAAGGCUUGACGGUAGAGUUUUUCCCAGGAAAAUGUUUAAUAUUGUGAAAUCGCGUCUUGAAAUGCUACCAUUCUCGAAAUCAUUAAUCCCGAGGCGUCUAACAUUGAACUACAAUGAAGACGCUCAAAUAGGUGAAGGUGAUGAAGAGGAACCCUUCAAGCAAGAAACCAACCUGGAGGGUAUAUCAUUGGAAGAAGCAUUCACUAGAUUAAAGAAACGUGAAGCCCCCAUGGGGCCUUACAAGUGGUCCCUAUCAGAUUGGGGCACCCUCUGCCCUGUAUCUGUAAAAGAAGGAAGCUUUACCCACGGCGAUGCAAACUUUGCUGUGCAAUUCAUGAACAAAAUAUUCUUCCUACGGGACGAAGAAGCCUUCUUUAAAUUCUACAAAAACCCACGUCCGUAUUUAGUAUGCCCUUUUCCCAAAAGUAGCUGUAGAAUAUACAUAUUCGGCGCUAGAUGUACUGGAAAAACCGAAGUCGCAAAAUGCAUGUCAUACUUCUUGAACGGUACAGUUUUAAACAAAAACAUCAUGCAGCAUAAAUACUUUUUAGAGCAGUUGGAUAGCUAUAAGGAACAUGUUUACCAAGCAGCGUUGGCAGAUGGUAUAAAACUUCUAGACGAAAAACGAACGGCUUUGGUUUUGGAACAAAACGAAAACAGACUUAAACACCUACAAAAAUGGAAAGAUUCCGUACGAGAAGAGUUAAGCGGUUACAUUGCCUUAUUAGAACAGGCAGAAAAAGAGAAAGAAGAAUUAGAACUAUCCCCAUUUCCAAUGCAGAUGGAAACGGAUAUUGGUAACAAAUAUUCCGAACAAAUGAGCACCUUUAAAAAAUCCAUCGCUAAAUUAAAAAUACCUACUGAAGAAAGCUCAAAAUUCUACAGAGAUGCUUUAAAUAAUGAAGACAGUCAGAUGCAAUAUUGCCCUCAAAAUCUAAAAACCGAAAUCACCGCUAAACCUGCCACAGUGUUUGACAGAUUCGUCGUACAGUACGCCCAAGAAAUACUCAAAAGAACCAACUUUGAACAGUUAGCUCCGUUUGAGGACGAUAAAAAAAACAUGUACGUCGAUAGCAUAAGGGAAGUGGAGGACUUACGGGUAUCUCAAGGUAGCUCCAAAGGUGGCUGGGUAAUAGACGACAUGCCUGCAGACCUGGAAUUCCUCAGAGACAUGGAGGAAGACAUUUUACCAGACGAUGUCUUCAUUUUGAACCCCUCGGGGUACAUACCCUUUGAAGAAUUCAAGCUGAGAAACGCAAGAGUCUUCACCGAGUUCAGAAAGCUAUUUUUGGAGUUAGGCAAUGUGGAUGCAGCUUGGAGAUGUCCUGAUAGAUCCACCACAUCCAUGAAAGAUAUAUUCGCCAAAGAUUUAAUAGAUUACAUGGUUGAUAACAUUGAAAUGGCCGGCGAGGAUGGGAUCAACGAAGAACCCAUGGUUGAUUUGUACGAAAAAUACAAACAAAGCGUCGAUGACUACAAACCGCGUUUACAUGAAAUUAAAGAAUACUUCAUGAGCAAAAACAUAACACCCAUAGAAAUCGAUUCGACAAAAUCCGACAUGAAAACAAUUCUAGUAGAGCUAAUGAACGAUAUAGAGGAUGUAGUCAAAGCUAAAGCCACUCAAUAUACAAACGAAGAUAGAGCCGAAGAAGUAUUUUAUUUUGGUUCUGAAGCUGUGCAAGACGAAAUGGGUGAAGGUGCUGGACCAACUGAUAACACUAACGCUAUAGAGCAAAACAGACGUUACGGCGAUACGUCGUUCUACUGCCCGGUGACGUAUAAAGAAUACAACGUACUAUGGCGAGGUAAAGAAGAUUAUGCUGCAAAGUUUGAGGAAAAAGUCUACUUGCUAGCUAAUGAAGAGUACUUGGAAAAAUUUCUAACACAUCCUAGAUCAUACUCGUCUUUCAGCAAAUUUGUAACAACGUAUCCACCAUUAAGAAUAUGUAUCAUAGGUAUAGAUUGGACUUUAACAAACCUUUGUUUGUCCGCUAUCGCAUCAAACUUGGCUUUACUCCCAGCAAGUUACCAAAACUGUCUAAAGAGCGCUCUGAAUGUCCAAACCGAUGAUAGCUUCAGAGAAUUACGGCAUAACCCGAACUUUUCUGGAAAUCCCAUACAUGCUUAUAUAGUGAACAAUCAACCAAUCGAAGACGAAACAAUGGUAAAAGUAUUAAACCAAUUUUGGCAAAACCACCCGUUUACACAAUGUGGAUUUGUUAUAGAGGAUUUCCCAAAAAGAACUCCGGAUGUAGCCAUCAUGACAAAGUAUAAAUAUAUACCAGAUGCAAUAAUAAAUUUGACAGGCGAUGAAUAUAAAUAUCGCCUUAGAAUUGUCGAUCUAAUUACGACGACGUUUAAAGAAAACCAGCAAAAAUUAGAGGAGGAAGUCGCCCAUAACAAUAACACGACUAUGGAAACCUGGACAUACCUCAGAGGGCAAAGAUUCGAAGAACUGAUGGAGGAAAAAGUACAGCAAAGAUACGCAAAUAAAUUAGAUGAAAACGAAGAUACAAAAAGUCAAGUGAGCUACGACUCGGUAGCAGAACAGGAAGAUGUAAACGCGAUAAACGAAGUUUUGGAUGUUGAAUUCCCAGAACCAGUUAUGGAAACAAUACCAGAUUCCUAUAAAGAUCUAAUUGAUAAUUUAGAGAAUAUUGGUAACGAAUAUUUUACCGAAGAGUGGGAGCAUAUUUCCGUCUUGAGAGAGUUGUGCGAAGCAGAGAAUGUACACUGGGUGGAUGUUAAUAUAAACUUCGAUAAACCCGCAAACACGAAGUUGGCUGUGUUAAGGGAGACUAAUAAGUUGACGGAAAAGAGACAGUGCAUUUUUGAGAGGUGUUACGAUCUUUCUCUUGAACAAGCAAAUGAUUUGGUGGAUUGUGGUUAUUGCUUUUUGAGCAAGUUCGGUAAAACAUGUCCUGUGCAAUAUUAUAUCGGUGAAAACCCCGUACAAAUGUAUCAUGCUGAAAAAAGGUUGGACAAUCUAUUUGCUGUUUUACAUCGAUCCUACAUUUACUAUAUUUGUGGUAAAGAAAGCCUAAAUUUAUUUAAAGAAGCCCCUUUAAAAUACUUAAAUAAAGACUUUAAUUUCCCCUUGAUAACCUUUAAGAUCGCUGUAAUGGGGCCAGUAGAUUCUGGCAAAACAACUUUAUCUGAAAGACUAGCACAACAAUUCUGCUUCAAAUACAUCACCAGAGGCAGAGCACUUAGACACGUUCUAUCCUUCAUGCCUUACACUGAACUGGCCAAAAACAUCGAAUCCGUAUUGCGUAAAGGUUGGGAGGUCACCGAUGAAAUGGUCAUUAAAGCCGUGGAAGCGGUUGGUAUAGGCACCAAAAGCGUUUGUCAUGGUGUAAUAAUGGAUGGUUUUCCCAACACCAUCAACGAAAUGCGACACAUGUGGUUUAAUGGUUUAAUACCGCAUUUAAUAGUCGACUUGCAAGCCGAUGAAGAAAAAGUAUUGAGCUGCCCGAAAUCGACAGUGGAACCUUUGUACAGCAGUCGUUUAAUAAAACAUAUGUUGCGUGAGUGGAAUUCAGUCGCGAAUUGUUUUAGACGGUGGGUUGAUAAAGAGUUUCAGAUUAGGGGUAAAAUGUCAACGUUGAAUAAGUGGACUGCGUUUAAAAGCUCACUGGAGUUGAUCAUGGCUUGUUGUUCUGAAGUUAAACAUUACUACAAACACAUUAAAGAUGAUUGGCCUCUAAGGGUUUCCAACAUGGCUGUUAGUCAUGCAGAGUUUCUGGAAAGACAGAGUAACUACAAGGAAUAUUGCCCAGUUUGUCUUUCUUUCAACGAGCUAUGUAAUGGAGGUUUCCCCCCAGACAGAACAGGUUUGGUUCAUUACAAACACCACUUUUACUGGCUGUGUCCAGACCACAUAGAAUUAUUCUUAAAAUGCCCAGAAUGUUAUUUUUCUCCAUACAACGAACACAGCUUGCCUGACGACCUCCCAAUCAGAGUUAAUAUACACAAAAAACCUGACAAUUUAUACUGUGAUGGUUACUGCGUUGUAUGUCCUAGAAAUGUCGAAGGUUCAUUACAAUUCGCUGUAUCAUAUAGAGACUUAAUCUACCUAUUCGACUCUGAGGAAUGCUUACAAAAAUUCAUGCGCAAACCCAUAGAUUUUGCCUUUAUAGACAAAGUAAAAGUUAAACACGACUAUCCCUUACUAAACUACGAAGAUUUACCUAUAUUAGGAAUGCUAGAACAAUAUGUAGCCACACAGUUAACCAAAGCUGUGUGCCACAUAAACAGGUUAAGACCUGUUGUGCCAGGUUUAAGCAUUGAGGCUUCAGCUGCAAUAUGUAUAGGAGUUUUCUUGAAAAAAGAAAACGAAUUAGACAUCGAUUGCAUCGAUAACCACACCAAAGGUUACGAGAUGUUUUACACAAGAGUUCACAAGUUGGAAGACAAUCUAAAAAAGAUGAAAUCCAUUAUAAACCCAUACCUAUAUUACGAAGAAACAAUCCCUCCAUUUGAAAUACCGAAAACGCCUGUAUCUGUCACAAGAAGUAUAUCAAGUGUUAGUACUGUGGUUGCGGGUUUACUAGAUGAGAUUCUAAACCAAAUUGACUAUGAUAAAGAACUGACAUUUAUGUAA